AUGUGAGGUUGGUGGGUAUCCGGCAGCGGUUGGCGGCCAGUGGCCGGGUUGGAGGGAAGGAUGAAGCUGGUGUCUCGGGCCGUGUUUGUCCUUUUGCUGCUGUCUGGGCCUUUCGUGGCGGCUGUGGAGCCCAUCAGUAUGGGUAUUGCUGUCGGGGUGGCCACCGCCCUGACCGGCCUCCUUAGCACCUUCCCCACGUUGUACUGCAGGUUCCAGGAGUGCUGCGAGGCCCGGUGGGUGGAGCUCAACUUCACAGGAUUGAAGAUGGAUUUGGAAAACAAAUUGUUUGGACAACAUGUUGCCAAGCAAGUUGUCUUGAAGGCAGUCAAAGGUUUCUUGAUGAAUCCAAACCCGAAAAAGCCCCUAACUCUGUCACUGCAUGGCUGGACUGGGACAGGCAAAAAUCUAAUUAGUAAAAUAAUUGCAGAGAACAUUUAUAGAAAUGGACUGGAGAGUAACUAUGUUCAUCAGUUUGUCUCCACUUUGCACUUCCCUCAUCCCGAAUAUCUCAGCCAAUAUAAGGAGCUGCUACAGAAAUGGAUUCGUGGUAAUGUUACCUUGUGUGGCAGGUCCAUGUUCAUUUUUGAUGAAAUGGACAAAAUGCAAGCAGGCCUUAUUGAUGCCAUUAAGCCUUACUUGGAUUACUACGAUAACAUAGAUGGCGUGGUGUACCGGAAUGCCAUUUUCAUCUUCCUGAGUAACGCAGGAGGAGAAAGGAUAACUGAGAUUACUCUGGACUAUUGGCAAAAAGGAAACAAAAGGGAAGAUAUUCUUUUGAAGGACCUUGAGAGUAAAGUAUCCCUUGGAGUCUUCAAUAACAAGAGAAGUGGGUUUUGGCAUACCAGCCUCAUUGACAAAAACCUGAUCGACUACUUUGUCCCGUUCCUUCCCCUGGAAUACAAACAUGUGAGGUUGUGCGUCAGGGAAGAACUGAAAGCCCGAGGUUACGAGGUGGACGAGCAUAUCAUGACGGAAAUAGCCAAAGAAAUGACAUACUUUCCAGAGAAAGAAAAGAUCUAUUCAGACAAAGGCUGCAAAACAGUGGCCACCAAGUUGGACUUUUAUUUGUAAUGUGUGUGUGUGUGUGUGUGUGUGUGUUAUUUUUUAAACUGGAAAAUACUUUGCUUUUCUACACUGGACACUUUUAUAUAUAAAAAUAAUUAAAAUUGAAGCAGCCCAUUGAUUGGCUGCGGAAAUUUAUGUUCUCUGUGACUUGGGGAUGUGGACACCACCUGUACCUACCUGUGGCCCCUUCCACCCAAGCUGAGUUUAUCACAGGUUGUUCUUGGGGUGGUAUCAAGCUGCUGUUUAUGAAUCGGGAGUCCCACACUUUGUUUACAUAGUAUGAAAUAGUUGGCUGAAAAUUACAAUGAGACAUUGCUGAUCAGACCAUUGCAAAACCAAAUCAGAUAAGUGUUGUCAAUAUUUUGAGUAGAUAUCCUUAAUCUGUAACUUGCUGUUUAAAUUUGUUGAUGUGUUGUGACUUUACAUCCCACCACCACCCAAGGAGAGACAGUGAGAAGUGGUAGUUUUUUUUUUGUCCCAUUUCAUUGGGUUAAUCUAUUUUCCGUGCAUUGGAUACUCAAUUUCUUGUAAUGGAUCAGAUGAUCCAGGGAAAAGCCUCUUCAAAACAGACCUUUUCAUUGCUGAAUGACAUUUUUCAGUUUUCCCUUGAGCUUGUCACAAUGUUCAAGGGAGCUUUUGCCUCUAUGUUUUUACCACUUGCAACGCACAGAAUUCUGAUGGAUUUUAAGUUUAAUCAAAGCCAAUUAAAAUAGUGGCAUUCCUCACAAAGA